AUGUGGUACUGUUGGGUAUGUUGUGCGGAUCCGAAUUUCACGCCUGUUACAACACCUUCCGAAAUCUUGCCAGAACCACCAACAUGUGGAUUACAAUUAGCCGAUCGCGUGUUUAGUGGGGAGAAGACACAACCCGACGAGUUCCCAUGGACGGCCCUGAUCGAGUACAAAAAUUUUUCCGAAGAAGUAGGCUUUCACUGCGGAGGAUCUCUUAUCAGCAAACGUCAUGUUCUAACAGCUGCACACUGCGUCACCGGCUUUCCUGUCGGCUUCAUGGUGUACCGGGUACGACUUGGCGAGUGGGAUCUGACCUCAGAUCCGGACUGUUAUGAAGAUGCAAACAAUACUAAACCGCAAUGUUUUGAUUCACCGAUCGAUUUGAUACCCUUUAAAAUCAUCAAACACAAUAAUUAUGAUCCGCGGGAUGCGAGUAAAGCAAACGACAUCGCUCUGAUUCGCUUCGCCAGAGACGUGGAGUACACCGAUACGAUUCAACCGAUCUGCCUCCCGGUUUCGCAGGCUAUGCGGCGGAAAGAUCACACCGGGAUGUUGGCCUGGGCGGUCGGCUGGGGCAAAACGGAGUACUCUUUGCAAAGCAAUGUGAAACUCAAGGUCAGGCUGCCAAUCAACAGCCGGUGGCAAUGCUCGCCGGCUUACCAGCGUGUUGGAAUUUCACUAAACUCAGUACAUUUGUGCGCCGGUGGUAAACAAGGCAAGGAUACCUGCACUGGGGACUCCGGGGGCCCACUAAUGCGGUCCAUGGCCGGUACCUGGUAUCUGCUGGGAGUGGUCAGUUUUGGCCCAGAACUGUGUGGCACCCCCGGUGUUUCCGGAGUCUACGCGAAUGUGGUGGAGUAUAUCGAUUGGAUUCAAGAAAAUAUGGUGAUCUUGAAUGGAGAUGAUGACUGCCCGAUGGGAAACCAGAUUUGUUUGAAGCGCGGCUCAUUUAUGAACAUUUUAUUCUUAUAUAUUCGGUUCUGCAUAGUUCUUGGGCAAAACUGUGUAAAUCCGCUCGGCCAACCAGGUAAAUGCAUCCUGUUUCAAGAAUGCCAGUCGCUUAAGCAGAUCUUUGAUAGAGGUGUCAACACUCCAGAUGAGAUAAACUUUUUAAGGAACAGCCGGUGUGGUGUACAGCAGACAAGCACUCUGGUUUGUUGCGCAGGAGCCACCAUAAGGCCUAGAAUAAAUUCUCUGCUAUCACCACCGCAAUGUGGAAUCCAGUAUACGAACCGCGUUGUUGGCGGUCAACCAACUAUGCUGGACGAAUUCCCAUGGACAGCCCUCAUUGAGUACCAAAAAACGGGCAGCCAGAACGACUUUCACUGUGGUGGAUCGCUUAUCAACGAACGUUACAUCGUAACAGCGGCCCACUGCGUGACAUCUCUUCCCCGAGGCUGGAAGUUGUAUCGGGUACGGCUUGGAGAAUGGGACGUCAGCACACCCAGAGAUUGCCAGUUGAACACCUGCUCCGAUCCUCCCAUCGACAUGGACAUCGAGCAGGUCGUGACGCACAGUGGCUACAAUGCGCAGGAUAAAAGCAACGUCAACGACAUCGCUCUGAUUCGCUUCACCAAGGACGUGGAGUACUCCGAUACGAUUCGCCCGAUCUGCCUGCCGGUGGAGAAUUCGAUCCGCACGCGCAACCACGAGGGUUUGCAAAGCUUUGCCGCCGGUUGGGGUAGAACGGAGACCGCAACCGCUAGCCAGCAGAAGCUGAAGGUUGAGCUGGACAUCAAGAGUCUGCAGGAGUGCUCUCCGGUCUAUGAGCGCAUCGGCAUCACGCUGCAGUCCACGCAGCUGUGCGCCGGUGGACUGAAGGGUAAGGACACCUGCAGCGGCGACUCGGGCGGUCCGUUGAUGCGGCAGAUCUCCGGUGCCUGGUACCUGGUCGGUGUGGUCAGUUUUGGGUCGCAAAAGUGCGGCACUGCGCGGGUUCCUGGUGUGUACACCAAUGUGGCGGAGUACGUCGAUUGGAUUCAAAACAACGUCCAGUAG